UGAGGACUGAAGACGCUGAGAAUGAAUGGGCAGCAAGAAACACAGUGCAAGCAAUAGAGAGAGAGAGAGAGAGAGAGAGAGAGAGAGAGAGAGAGAGAGAGAGAGAGAGAGAGAGAGAGAGAGAGAGAGAGAGAGCAAGCAAGAGAGAGAGCGAGAGGAGGAGUGAGAGUAUUUUGAGAGUCAGCAGCGAGGACGCAGAAAGUCUACAAGCUCACAUCACCACGAGAGCGCGUGAGGCAGAGCAGACACCCGGCUACUCUGACAACUGAGACACAGGACAAGAGCCCCAAAGAGAGAAAGAGAGAGACGGACACAGGAGGAAGAGUACGUAGAGGAAGAGAAGGACAGAGAAGACAUCCAUCCUUCCACCGGUUUUACCCUCUUCCCCUCCGCAGUCAUGAUCCCUUGGCUUCUUUUGUUCCUGUGGAUCUCCGGACAUGGAGCGGAGGCCAUGUUUUCCCAGGAGCCAAAGGAUGUGGUCGUGGUGGCAGGUCAGCCGGUGACGUUACCAUGCACCAUCCCUGGAUAUCACGGCAUUGUCUUGUGGAUCAAAGAUGGCCUGGCUCUGGGAGUGGGACGAGACCUUGCUGGUUAUCCACGUUACACAGUGAUUGGCGACCACGUCUCAGGGGAGCAUCAUUUGCGCAUCCAACGUGUCGAGCUGAUGGACGAUGCAGUGUUUGAGUGCCAGGCUGUCCAGGUUGCCAUGAGGUCCCGUCCUGCCCGACUCACUGUGCUGGUUCCUCCCGAUGACCCGGUCAUCAGCGGGGGGCCAGUAGUGAGCCUGAGAGCAGGUGACCCGCUCAACCUGACUUGCCAUGCUGACAACGCCAAACCUGCAGCCUCAAUCAUUUGGAUCCGUAAUGGAGAGGUCCUUAAUGGGGCCACAUACCCCAAGGUAAGUGCAGAGCAAUUGCUUCACGACGGCAGGAAAGAAAGCAUUGUGAGCACACUCCACCUACCUCCAUCCAACAUUGAGACUGGUCAGCAGAUCAUCUGUAAAGCCUCCAAUAAGGCAGUACCCAACGGCAAAGAGACCAGUGUCACAAUUGAUAUUCAGCAUCUCCCACUUGUCAAUCUCUCGGUGGAGCCUCAGCCUGUGCUGGAGGGCAGUCUCGUGAAAUUCCACUGCUCUGCAAAGGCCAACCCUCCGGUUACCCUUUACAGGUGGGCCAAAGGAGGAAGUAUAAUGAAGGAUGUCUCAGGGGACACAUAUGAGGGCAUCGUGGAUCACUCCUUCUUCACAGAGCCUGUUUCGUGUGAAGUUACCAACUCUCUGGGCAGCACCAACAUCAGCCGCAAUGUCGAUGUCUACUUUGGUCCCCGCAUGGCGGCAGAGCCCCAGUCCCUGCAGGUUGAUCUCGGAUCAGACGCCAUUUUCAACUGUGCCUGGACCGGAAAUCCCUCUCUUACAAUUGUGUGGAUGAAAAGGGGUUCUGGAGUGGUUCUUAGCAACCAGAACCUACUGACACUGAAAUCGGUGAGACAAGAGGAUGCUGGGAAAUAUGUUUGUCGCGCUGUUGUCCCACGUGUCGGAGCAGGGGAGAAGGAGGUCUCGCUUACUGUCAAUGGGCCACCGACUAUAUCCAGUACGCAGACUCAGCAAGCGUUACAUGGAGAGAAAGGACAAAUCAAAUGCUUCAUUCGAAGCACACCUCCACCAGAUCGCAUUGCCUGGUCAUGGAAGGAAACUGUUCUGGAAUCUGGUACCUCUGGGCGCUACACUGUAGAGACCGUAAACACAGAAGAGGGCGUCAUUUCCACUCUGACCAUGAGUAACAUCGUCCCAGCUGACUUCCAGACCAUCUACAACUGCACCGCCUGGAACAGCUUCGGCUCUGAUACAGAGAUUAUACGCCUUAAGGAACAAGGUGGGAGCCAAGAAUCUCUGCCAGUGGCUGUGAUCAUCGGCAUCGCCGUGGGAGCUUUCGUGGCCCUCAUUGUGCUAAUGGGCACCAUCGGCGCAUUCUGCUGCACCCGCUCCCAGAGAAAGGAAGUGCACCUGGUUAUGCCCUCACUGCCCGUCUCCAUCUGUGCUCACCAGAGAGAACUUGCAAGCAAAAUUAAGACAGAAAAUCUGAAAGGAGUCGUGUCGGCGAAAAACGACAUCCGGGUGGAGAUUGUGCACAAGGACCACAACGCGGCGCGAGAAAAUGAAGAACACAACUCCAUGAAACAGCUGAUGGUGAGUGUUGAACGAGGCGAGUUCCAGCAGGAAUCCGCUCUGAAGCAGCUGGAGGUUUUACAAGAAGAGGAGAAGGAGUAUCAGCACAUUAAGGACCCUACAAAUGGCUAUUACAGUGUCAAUACCUUCAAGGAGCAUCACACGCCAACAAUGACAGGCAAUCAAACUACUGAAGCGAGGAACCCCACCAACACAGGUACCCUUGGCAAGCAGAGGGUACCAACAGGCAUGUCCUUCACCAACAUUUAUUCCACUUUGGGAGCCGGCCCCAACCGACUGUACGACUACAGCCAACGCUUUGUGCUGGGCAUGGGCAGCAGCUCCAUUGAGCUGUGCGAGCGGGAGUUCCAGCGUGGCUCGCUCAGCGACUCCAGCUCAUUCAUUGACACGCAGUGCGACAGCAGCAUCAGCAGCUACAGUAAGCCGGACGGCUACGUGCAGUUUGACAAAGACAGCAAGGCGUCAGCCUCUUCCUCGUCCCACUAUUCCCAGUCCUCCUCGCAGAACUCUGACCUCACGCGGCCCCUCCAGAAGCGCAUGCAGACCCACGUCUGACCUCUACAGAGGGCGCGGGUGUUUGGAUGGGAGCGUAACAAGCAGCUAGGAUUGUAAAACUUUUUAUAGAAUCAGCCAACGAGAAGUCCUAGAGGAUCAGUGUUACUGAGUGUUUUUUUUAUGGAUGCCCCACCAGGCUGGGACUACUGUGCUUAAUGCACCAUGUAACUUGCUUAAACUUCUCAAUGUCCCAAAAAAAAAAA